AUGAGUGCGAAUUCGGAUCGAAGGUGGAGUCUCGCACGUGCCACCGAGUUUUUCAGUGGUGAUGGUAAACCUGACAUGUUGGAUAUUCGUGGGAUGACAGCAGUGACAAAAGGUGCAGCUGGUAAACGCGACAAGUUUCGCAAGAGCGUCUCUCGCUGUGGUGUAUCCAUCUAUGGCCCCAAACACUCGGCAGCAGCAGCAUCCGCAUCUUCUAAUGACACACCAAGUCGUGAAAAAGUCUUUAUCGAAGACCCUCGUGCCCCGUGCCUGAAUAUUGAUUAUUCCAACGAGGCGUACCGUUUAUUACCCUCAUCGGAAAAAUUCUCGGCCCAUACGGGAGUGUGCCAGAUUUUGGGUACAAAAUGCAUUCGAGGUGGCAAACAUCGUGUUCGUGUGGGCGACAUUAUCCGUUUUGGGAGUGUGGGACUGCUUGUGACGGAAAUUGAUACGGGUGGAAUCGGUACAAACGAUGCAACACUGAGUCCGUCCGAAGUGAAUAGUCUCAUUCAACGAGUGGUCUGUCAUGAUGAAGUCAUGGCUGAUGUUGACAGUGGUAUGGAUACGGACGAUGAUAAUGCCGAUGCAUCGGGGAAUGAUGAAUCAAAACCACGUUCGUCGUUGCAACGACAAAGUACGAGUGCCAUUUGUUAUGUCUGUUACGAUGAAUCUGAAGACGAGAAUCCACUUAUUGCACCGUGUAAAUGCUCGGGAGAUACCAAGUAUAUUCAUUUGAAUUGUCUCAAACGUUGGAACACAAAUGGGGAGAAGAAUGAAAUCUGUACCGUCUUGGAUGAGAGCAAUGCACGAACGUGUUCGAUCUGUAAAGCUCCGUAUCCAAGCAAAACACGACUUUCGAAUGGAAAAGUCUUGUCACUAUUGCCCGAUCGUUUGAAUCCACCGUGUAUUAUGUUUCAAGUGGUGACGAAACAUUCAUCUUCGACACUUAAUUUGUCGACACGGUACCAAUUAAGCUACAAGAUGCUUAUGGACAAUGACAUUCAUCGUCCACUUAUGGUGGGACGCUCGUCGCAGUGUGAUUUGGUGCUCAAGUACCGUACCGUGUCGACGAUUCACGCGGAAAUUCACUAUUCAAAGGGUGAGUUUCUUCUCAAGGACGCUGGAAGCUCGAAUGGCACGUUGCGAUACAUUUAUCGCCCACUGACACUGCAUAACAAUCAGUCGUUGCAUGUCAAGUUUGGACGCACUGUAUUAUCCAUCAAGCCGACAAAGAAAAUUCGGCUUCCGCAUUUUUUCGGUACGGCAGGUCACCUGCAUUCCAGUGGCUCACGACUUGAAGACAGUGGCGUGCAGGAGGAGGAGGAAAUGUCGAGUACAUCUACUCCACGUAACAAUAGAAUCCGAUACUACAAUCACGCGACGCAGCAGCAGGUACCGGUCAUGUCAGCCCAACAGCAACAGGAAGCACGCCAGAAUUUGCAGACGCAGAUGCAGAAUUUAGAUCUGUAA